GCCGAGGAUGGGGAAAUCCAACAGCAAGUUGAAGCCUGAAGUUGUGGAGGAGCUGACCAGGAAAACCUACUUUACGGAGAAGGAGGUGCAACAGUGGUAUAAAGGCUUCAUCAAAGAUUGCCCCAGUGGGCAGCUGGAUGCUGCCGGCUUCCAGAAGAUCUACAAGCAGUUCUUCCCCUUCGGGGACCCCACCAAGUUCGCCACGUUUGUCUUCAACGUCUUUGAUGAGAACAAGGAUGGGCGGAUCGAGUUCUCCGAGUUCAUCCAGGCGCUGUCGGUGACCUCAAGGGGCACUCUGGAUGAGAAGCUGCGUUGGGCUUUCAAGCUGUAUGACUUGGACAAUGAUGGCUACAUCACCAGGAAUGAGAUGUUGGACAUCGUGGAUGCCAUUUACCAGAUGGUGGGGAACACCGUGGAGCUCCCUGAGGAGGAGAACACACCGGAAAAGAGGGUGGACCGGAUCUUCGCCAUGAUGGACAAGAACGCUGACGGGAAGCUGACACUGCAGGAGUUCCAGGAAGGGUCCAAGGCAGACCCCUCCAUCGUGCAGGCACUGUCGCUCUACGAUGGGCUAGUAUAGUCCAGGGCCUGGAGCUGUG